CACGAUCGUAGCUAACUUCGCUGUAGUUUUUCCCGCAGUUUGGCGUCCACACGGACUGAUAUAAAAAAUAUUAUACAAAUUUUCUAUGAAUUUAGAUCAAUAGGACAUUACAAUCCCUGUGUGUUUUGUUCUUCAGUGAUGUUCUAAUGGACGGAAUAUGUUUGUUCUGUGAUUGUUUUGUUUGAUAGCUAGUGCCGUGGCGGUUUUGUAAACACGAGAAACGGGACCCACGUCUAUGACUUAUCAUUGGCAGUAUGGCGGAAAUAGUGUACCCGCAAGGCUGCAGGCCUAUCACCGAUGACCUAGGACCCGAUGAGCUAGUGCGGAGACUUAAGGCGUUGGCGCACACCCUCCAAGGUCUAGGCCAGGAUGAGGGCAUGUACCAGCAGUACAUCCCCCUGGCGAUCCACCUCGCCGACGAUUUCUUCCUCACCAACCCUUCUCGCGACGUCCAGCUGCUCAUAGCGUGUUGUAUCGCGGAUGUAUUGCGUGUGUACGCACCUGAAGCGCCGUAUAAAGACCAGGAACAGGUGAAGACAAUAUUCCUGUUCCUAAUCAACCAGCUGCAAGGUCUCAGGGACCCGAAGGACCCGGCCUUCAAACGCUACUUCUACCUGCUCGAGAACCUUGCCUACGUCAAGUCGUUCAACAUGUGCUUCGAGUUGGAAGACUGCCAGGAGAUAUUCUGCGCUCUCUUCUCGCUCAUGUUCAAGAUUGUCAACACGGAGCACUCGUCCAAAGUGAAAUCGUUCAUGCUGGACGUUCUGUGCCCGCUCAUCACGGAGUCGGAUGUGGUCUCCAACGAGCUGCUGAACGUGAUCCUCAUGAACCUGGUCGAGCCGAACAAGCGCGAGCGGAAGCACGCGUACGCGCUCGCCAAGGAGCUGAUCAGCAAGACGAGCGAGACUCUAGAACCUUAUAUACAGGCGUUCUUCAACCACGUCCUAAUCCUCGGAAAAGAAGAGAAAACCCUGCUCAUCUUCUCCAAAGUGUACGAGCUUAUCUAUGAACUGAACCAGUGCUGCCCCUCCAUCCUCAUCGCCGUGCUGCCCCAGCUCGAGUGCAAGCUCAAAUCCGCUCAGUUCCAGGAGAGACUCAGCGCUGUAGCGCUACUUGCUAGAAUGUUCUCCGAACCCGGCUCAGGACUUGCCAAGCAAUAUCCAGCCUUGUGGCGAGCGUUCCUAGGACGCUUUAAUGAUAUAGCAGUCCCGAUUCGAAUCAAAUGUGUCCAGUAUUGCAUGCACUUCUUAGUGCACCACCCGGACUUGAGAAAAGACAUAACGGAGACAUUGAAAAUGAGACAGCAUGAUGCUCAUGAACAGGUUAGGUAUGAAGUCGUCAUGGCCAUAAUAGCAACAGCACAGAGAGACUUCCAAGCUGUAGCUGAAUCGGAAGACCUACUCCAUUUUGUUAGAGAGCGAACUCUGGAUAAAAAAUUCAAAAUCCGCAAAGAAGCCAUGUCGGGUCUAGCUAUGAUUUACAGAAAAUUUUUGACUGAGGAAAGCGUGCCGCCGGCUACAGAAAAAGCCGUACAAUGGAUUAAAGACAAAAUCCUCCACGGAUAUUACAUGACCGCUCUAGAAGACAGAUUGCUCGUUGAAAGACUGCUGAACACCUCUCUCGUUCCUUACACUCUGCCGCCCCAAGUUAGAAUGAAGAAGCUAUACUAUCUCAUGUCAAAUGUCGACGCGAACGCAACUAAAGCGUUUAUAGAACUUCAGAAACAUCAGUUAGCGGUGCGUCGUACGGUCGCGGAAUGGGUAGAGUUACACAGGAAACCACCGACACCAGCGGUGCAAAAGGAAUUGAUCGCUAAGGUCUUACACAUAAGCUCCAAAUUCCUGCCGGAGUCGGUUAAGGCACAGGAGUUCUUGAAUAAGUUCUCGGCGCAUAUGAAACAGGCGCCCGAGCUGCUGCAGGGUAUGGAGAUGAUACUGAACCCUAAUGUUAGCUGCGAAGUGUGUGUUCGUACAACGUCGAACGUGCUAAAGAAACUCGGCCAGCCAGUAAUGACCAACCUGUACUACAACACCGUGAAGAUGCUCCUCGAACGCGUCAGCUCCGUCAUGAUUGACCACGAGGCCCUGCUCAUCCUCGUCGGUUACGUAGAGGGCGCCUGUAGGGGCUCUGAUGACUCCAUCGCCGAGGAGUGCGGCACAACACAAAAAGUGGCAGCGGAGCGCGGCCUGAAGCUCCUGGUGAUGCUGUCCUUCGUGUUUCCGGCGCACUUCUUACACUCUGACGUGUUGGAACGACUCACAGCUCUCCUGGAGCACGAGGAUGAAACCGUGGCGCCGCAUAUUCUAGCCGCGCUCACGUUCCUUGGGAAAUACCGCCCGCUGAGCGAGGCGUGUCCAUCUUUGUUCCCGCGACUGAUCUCGCUGUGCAAGGCUUACGCGGAAGUCGGCACGCCCAAACAGGCCAAGAAUGCUGUCAGAUGUCUAUUCGUGAACGUCCCGGAGCAGCGGUCUGCCAUCUUCACCGAGAUCCUGGAGACGCUCAAGGGCACGCUGACCCCCCACUCGGAGCACUACCGCACCGCCAUAGUGACGCUCGGACACAUCGCCCACAACAUGCCGGACAGCUUCCCGCUGCACAUUAAGAACAUCGUCUCCAGAAAGAUCGUGAAGGAACUCCUAGUCCGCGAGGGCGGUGGCGGGCCGCACGCGCCGGACGAGGAGUGGUGCGCCGAGGAGGAACUGCCCGAAGAGACGCGCUGCAAACUCGAGGGGCUCAAGUGCAUGGCGCGCUGGCUGCUCGGGCUCAAGCGGGACGAGCUGUCCGCGCAGAAGACCUUCCGCAUGCUCAACGCGUUCAUAGUGCACAAGGGGGACCUACUGCAGCAAAACCAGCUGUCGAAGGCCGAGAUGGCGUGGCUGCGGCUAGGCGCGGGCGCCGCCAUGCUGAAGAUAUGCGAACAGAAGGGCGUCGGCGACCAGUACACCGCCGAGCAGUUCUACAACCUCAGCCAUCUCAUGAUCGACCCCGUGCCACAAGUCAGAGAGGCGUUUGCAGCGAAACUACAUAAAGGACUUUCAAAGGGUAUUCCGAACAAGUGCCUGCCGCUGGACUUCAUGGGCAUGUACGCGCUGGGCGGGCGCGAGCCGGAGCGGCGCCUGCGCGCGCUCGUGCGCCAGUACAUGCUGGCCGACGUGGUGCGCCGCCGCGAGUACAUACGCAACAUCACCGUCGGCACCAAGGUGGAACGCGCGGUGUCUCAGCUGCCACACAUCCUGCCCGACUACAUGCUAGUGUUCGCCGUGCCGGUCCUCACACACGACCCCUUCUUUGACACGUAUGACAACGUGGCGCAGCUUAAGGUGAUGAAGCAGUGCAUAUGGUUCGUGCUGGAGCCUCUGAUCACCCGCAACGACUUUUACUGCUACGGGUUCUACAAGAGCCUCGUCGAGCGGAUGAAGAACCACAAAGACGCCCUGCACGAGUCUGACGACAACUACAACUACAAAAUGUGGGCGAUCUGCGACCUGGCCAUGUCCGUGAUCUGGGCGCGCUCGGCCAGCUUCGAGCUGCGCGACUUCCCCUCGGACGCGCGCAUCCCCACCAUGUACUUCGCGCCGCAGAACGAGUUCUUCGUCAACACGCGCGUCUUCCUCCCGCCAGAGCUGCAGUUCCAGCCGAAAAAGCCGAUGCCUGCGGAGUCUGCGCCGCGCGGCAAGAAGCGCUCGCGGCCCGCCACCGACAACAUCGACACCAACGACGUCGAGCCAUCGGAGGCGUCCGACACGCAGAUCCAGCUGCCAGGGCUCGAGCAGCCGCCGGAGACGGACGUCGACGAACCGCCCGGCAAGCGACCCAACUCCGAGUGAACCACUACCAACAAG